CUCCACAGCAACCAGCCCCGACACACAGAGGCCAGAGGGCUCGUCAGAGCCACAGGGUAGAAACUCUAGCAGAGGGUUUUGAAAGCAGGUUGUACUUCAUUCUUGCUGAGCGAGUGCACGUGUGUGUGUUUGUGUGCGUGCGUGUGUGUGCGUGUGUGUUGGGGUGUGUGUGUGUGUGUGUGUGUGUGUGUGCAGAGUCCCCGGCUCUGUGUUUUUAUUGCACUUUCCUGCUGGGCUUCCAGCUGCCCCGCCAGUUCCGGGGAGGGCCCUGGGCCAGAGGCUGUCCGUCCCCCUCCUUCAUAAAGUCCUGGCCGUGGGACACCCUGCACAGCUGCCCAGCCUGCGAGACGGGACAGCCGUGUCCCACCCACUCUUUCCCCGGCCAGGCCGAUCCAGCCGCUCCUGCCCGCAGCUCCUACCAUGGGAGGCCACGUCUUUCUCGCAUUCUGUGUCUGGCUGACUCUGCUGGGAGCUGAAACCCAGACCCCUUCCAAGGACUGUACCCGCCGGUGCCCUCUGAACUCCGUGUGUGUCAACGCCACCGCCUGUCGCUGCAAUCCAGGGUUCACCACUUUAUCUUCAGCUGAGAUCUUCUUCAGCCUCACGGAGACGUGUGAUGACAUAAACGAGUGUGUGUCACCAUUCAAACCGUCAUGUGGAAAAUUCUCGGACUGCGUGAAUGUGGAGGGAAGCUACUACUGUACGUGCAGCCUGGGAUAUGAGCCUGCUCCUGGGGCAGAAAGAUUCAUGAAUGAGAGUCAGAACACGUGUCAAGACGUGGAUGAAUGUCAGCAGAGCCCAAGAAGCUGUAAAAGCCACAGCAUCUGCACCAACACCCUCGGCAGCUACGCCUGCCACUGCCUGCCUGGCUUUGAGCCCAACCCUGAGGACCCGGAGCUCUGCCAAGAUGUGAACGAAUGCACCUCCGGAAAAAACCCAUGCCACAACUCCACCCACUGCCUCAACAAAGUGGGCAGCUAUCAGUGCCACUGUCGCCCGGGCUGGCAACCGAUUCCAGGGUCCCCUAAUGGCCCAAACAAUACCAUCUGUGAAGAUGUGGACGAGUGCCGCUCCGGGCAGCAUCAGUGUGACAACUCCACCGUCUGCUUCAACACCGUGGGUUCAUACAACUGCCGCUGCCGCCCAGGCUGGAAGCCCAAACAGGGAAUCCGGAAUAACCAAAAGGACACUGUCUGUGAAGACGUGACUUUCCCCACAUGGACCCUGCCCGCUGGAGUCCACAGCCAGAGGCUUUCUCGCUUCUUCAACCAAGUCCAGGAUCUGGUCAGAAACUUCAAGCUGAGCUCAGUCAAGGAUACCAUCCAGAACCUCAUCAAAUUGGUGGACGAACUGAUGGAAGCCCCUGGGGACAUAGAGGCCCUGGCCCCACCUGUCCGGCACCUCAUAGCCACCCAGCUGCUCUCAAACCUUGAAGAUGUCCUGAGGAUCCUGGCCAAGACCCUGCCUAAAGGCCCCUUUACCUACCUUUCCCCUUCGAACACAGAACUGACCCUGAUGAUCCAGGAGCCGGGGGACAAGAACGUCACUAUGGGUCAGAGCAACGCACGCAUGAAGCUGAACUGGGCUGUGGCAGCUGGAGCCGAGAACGCUGGCUCCGCCAUGGCGGGAAUCCUCUCCAUCCGGAACAUGACGACAUUGCUGGCCGACGCUCCCUUGAACCUGGAUUCCAAGAAGCAAGCCGAGCUGGAAGAGCUAUACGAAAGCAACGUCCGUGGCGUUCAACUCACAUGCCUCUCAGCCGUCAACUCCGUCUUUCUGAGCCACAAUAACACCAAGGAACUCAGCUCCCCCAUCCUUUUCGCCUUCUCCCACCUUGAGUCCUCCAGUGGGGAGGCAGGAAGAGAGCCUCCUGCUCGUCCUGGAGCCAAGGAUGUGACACCUGGGCCACGGCAGGAGCUGAUCUGUGCCUUCUGGAAGAGUGACAGCAACAGUGGAGGGCACUGGGCCACUGAGGGCUGCCAGGUGCUGGGCAGCAAGAACGGCAGCACCACCUGCCAAUGUAGCCACCUGAGCAGCUUUGCCAUCCUCAUGGCUCAUUACGACGUGGAGGACUGGAAGCUGACCCUGAUCACCAGGGUGGGACUGGCGCUGUCACUCUUCUGCCUGCUGCUGUGCAUACUCACCUUCCUGCUGGUGCGGCCCAUCCAGGGCUCGCGCACCACCAUACACCUACACCUCUGCGUCUGCCUCUUCGUGGGCUCCACCAUCUUCCUGGCCGGCAUCGAGAACGAAGGCGGCCAGGUGGGGCUGCGUUGCCGCCUGGUGGCCGGGCUCCUGCACUACUGCUUCCUGGCAGCCUUCUGCUGGAUGAGCCUCGAAGGCCUGGAGCUCUACUUUCUUGUGGUGCGCGUGUUCCAGGGCCAGGGCCUGAGUACGCGCUGGCUCUGCCUGAUCGGCUACGGUGUGCCCCUGUUCAUAGUGGGCGUCUCGGCUGCCGUCUACAGCAAGGGCUACGGACGCCCUAGAUACUGCUGGUUGGACUUUGAGCAGGGCUUCCUCUGGAGCUUCCUGGGACCUGUGGCAUUCAUCAUUUUGUGCAAUGCCGUCAUCUUCGUGACGACUGUCUGCAAGCUCACUCAGAAGUUUUCUGAAAUCAAUCCAGACAUGAAGAAAUUAAAGCAGGCGAGGGUUCUGACCAUCACGGCCAUCGCACAGCUCUUCCUGUUGGGCUGCACCUGGGUGUUUGGCCUGUUCAUCUUUGACAGUCGGAGCUUGGUGCUUACCUACGUGUUCACCAUCCUCAACUGCCUGCAGGGCGCCUUCCUCUACGUGCUGCACUGCCUGCUCAACAAGAAGGUUCGGGAGGAGUAUCGGAAGUGGGCCUGCCUAGUUGCUGGAGGGAGCAAGUACUCAGAAUUCACCUCCAGUACGUCUGGCACCGGCCACAAUCAGACACGGGCCCUCAGGGCGUCAGAGUCUGGCAUGUGAGGAUGCACCGCUCUGGAUGGGCCAGCAGCUCCUGUGGCCACAGCAGCUUUGCACACGAAGACCAUCCGUCCUCCUUCCAUCCACCACCCUGCUCCCUCCGCCCUUCCUCCUUGAGCCCAUGUGUGCCACCAAGAGGGAGUGGCAGCUAUAGUCUGGCACCAAAGCCCAGGACACCCAGUGGGGUGGAGUCGGAGCCGCUGGUCCUGCUGCUGACUGCCUCUCUCUCCCACCUUAUGACUCAGGGUGGGGACAGGCUGGCCCAGAACUGUGGCCUGUUGCCCUGGCACCUGUGGCCAGCACUCGGGACAGACUGAGGGCUCUUGUCCCGGCCUAGCCUUUUCCUCUCAUGUCUUUGCUGCAGACUAGGCGCUGGGGCUCAGCUUCCCUCUUAAGCUAAGACUGAUGUCAGAGGCCCCACAGCAGGGCCCCUUGGGGCCACUACCCGACGCUCACGGUACAGAGGCCUGCCCUGCCUGGCCAGGCUGGAGGUUCUCACUGUUGUGAAGGUUGUGAUGUUGUGUAAUGUGUUUUUAUGUUUAAACCCUUCAAUGUUGACACUCAAAAUUAAACACACGCAUACAGAAGA